AUGAUGAGUAAUUCUUAUACUAUCGUUAUCAAGCUGGGAUCUUCCUCCUUGGUGGAUGAGACAACGAAGGAACCAAAACUGUCAAUCAUGUCACUCAUAGUGGAAACGGUGGUCCGAUUGAAAAGGUUAGGGCACAGAGUUAUAAUAGUAUCCAGUGGUGGUAUUGCAGUAGGCUUGAAGAUUCUAAACCUUGAAAAGAGACCAAAGCGCCUUUCUGAAGUUCAAGCAAUCGCAGCUGUUGGCCAAGGAAGAUUAAUUGGCAGAUGGGAUCGUCUCUUUGCUGAGUUUGAUCAGAGAAUCGCUCAAAUUCUGAUUACCAGGAAUGAUAUAGCAGAUUGGUCACAGUACAAAAAUGCACAAAACACAAUUGAUGAGCUUUUAAAGAUGGGUGUGGUUCCGAUUGUGAAUGAGAACGAUACGUUAUCCGUGAGUGAAAUCAAAUUUGGUGAUAACGACACGCUAUCUGCAAUCACAGCAGCUUUAAUUGGGGCAGAUUAUCUGUUUUUGUUGACGGACGUUGACUGUUUGUAUACAGAUAACCCUAGAACGAAUCCUGAUGCUAAGAAAAUUUUGAUUGUCCCUGAGUUAGCAAGAGGCUUGCCUGGAGUGAAUACUUCAAGUGGGUCAGGAUCAGAUGUGGGAACAGGCGGUAUGCAAACAAAAAUCAUAGCAGCUGAUCUGGCUACGAAUGCAGGUGUUCAUACAAUUGUAAUGAAAAGCGAUGCGCCAGCUAACAUAUUGAAAGUUGUGAAUUAUAUUCAGAGUUUGGAUUUGGAUAAAGAAUCUCCACCAGACUAUACUGAAGAUUUGCAGGAGUUGCAGGGACAUGAACUAAAGAGACUGGAAGAGCUGAAUGUUCCUUUGCAUACCAAAUUCAUUGCUAACGAUCAUCAGAAGCAUUUGAAGAACAAAGAGUUCUGGUUGUUACAUGGUUUGGUAAGCGGCGGAGCCAUUAUUAUUGAUAAAGGUGCUUAUGCUGCUAUUACGCGUAAGAAUAAGGCGGGUCUCUUACCUGCUGGUGUAAUAGACGUUGAAGGGCACUUCCAUGAGAUGGAAUGUGUUGAUAUAAAGCUGGGAAAGAGAUCGCAGGACGGCACAUUGGAUCCAACUGUACCUUUAAAAACAGUUGGAAGAGCAAGACCUAACUAUACUAGCACAGAUUUGUCAAAAAUCAAAGGUUUCCAGAGUGAAAAGAUCGAAGACAUAUUGGGAUAUUCAGAUAGUGAAUACGUUGCGCACAGACAAAAUCUAGCCUUCCCACCUCAUUGA